AUGGGCUUCGAGGAGGAUGAUCUCCUGGACACAGAGAUCGAGGCCUUGGCGGCGGAAGCUCGAGCCGCCAAGGCAGAGCUCGGAGCUCUCCGGGCCGCCCGCGCCGCGGCCACGGCAGAGGAUUUCGAGACCGGCCAAGAGAGGAUGGCCGAGUGGGCAUCACGGAUUCGGGUGACCACCCAGGAGGCCGCUGCAAUGCAGGCGCAGCAGCACAUGACCCAAGCGCACUUGAAGGCUCUGCAAGCCAUGAUCAGCAGCACGGCUGGGCAGGUCCGAUCCCGUGAGGCUGUGCUGUAUGGUGUGCUGGCGCAGGCUGAGGAGUACGAGGCCGCCGCGCUCAGUGCACAGCAGAAUGAGGCGCAGGCAGCUGCAGAAGCGACGGUGUCGCCUGUCCAGGAAGACCCGGAGGAGGCAAUGCUGAAACAGAGGCUCUGGCAGCUGACUGCCUCCUGCGACCGACUCGUAGAUGAGGUGCACAGCGCCAGACAGGAGCGCUCGGCAGAAGCGAGGACCUUGAGUGCCCUCUCCUACACUGAGGAUCGGCUUGCAGAGUCCCGCCACGAAGCGGCAAGGCUUUCAGCGGAGGUGUCGCAGCCGGCACCUGCGCGGCUGCAGGACCCGCGAAGCUCAAGGCUGCGAGGCAGCAGAGCGUCCGCAUCGGCCCGGCGCUCAGGUGCUCAGCUUCUUGGGAGGUCCAUCACUUGGCUUCGGGCUUACGGAGCCUUCGACGGUUUUAUUGAGGGAUUUUGUAAGUUUUCAGAUUGUUUUUUUGGAAGGGUUCUCUUAGGGUUCUCAAGCUGGGUUUGGAUUUGA